UAUCCGAGGUUGACGAAAGUUUUGCAUGCACAAUUCUCUAGUCAUCUUUUAAUAUACAUUGAAGAGUACAGCAAAUUACCAUUUAUUUUUAAUUGGUCCAUUUGACAAUAACCCGACCGAUAGUUGAGACCGAUUAACAACGUUCAUUUCAGAAAAGGUGACAGAUUUUUCGGAUAAAAGGCCAGCACGACUACAUUACCUGGUUCCCUUAGAAUCUAAGCUCAGAGAUUCACGCGCGUAUACAGAGAGAGGGACAGACAUGCCAUACAUGCAUGUUACAUAAAUAAUCUCAACUUAUACACGUUUUUGAAGUUUAAAAUACAUAUGUAAAUAUUAUAAAAACAAGCGGAAACCGGUUUGAGAGAGCUCCUGACCUAAUCUGUAAGUUGGAGUCGGACAAAAUAUGUUAGGUUAGUCAUGUCUGUAGACGGUAGUUUACAGAGAGAGAAGCUGCUGCUGCGGCUGCUACUUUGUAUGUGGAUUGUUGAAGUACGAUGCUACAAGGUGCCUGCUGCCAUAGUGGAGCCAUUGGAAAACGGGUUUCGUGUUUUCAUACCAGACGAACGUGGCGUCAAAAGAGUUGACUUUAAUGUAAACCGUAAUCGCAAUUUCACAGACUUUGAGGAGGGCGAGUUUAAAGCUCAGGUUCGUAAGCCUCAGGAUGGACGCUGGCAACAUGAUUUUGUUAGAGCACCUUUGAGAGCACAUGAUACGGUCUACAUUUGGACGAAUGUGCAACAUGGCAAUGCCAUAUAUCGUGAUCAGGCUUUACCGCAGCAAGUUUGUCAAUUGGCUGGCGAUUAUUUGCCAGCUAACUGCACUUUAAGAAUAUCAACACCCAGAAGCAACCUAGUACAUGUCACAUCGCCGUCUUUGCCUUGCGGUGAGGAAAGCGAAACUGUGGUGUCACCUCCACCAACCAAUCCGACUUGCAAGGGUAAAUUGAUAUUCGAGGAAGAUUUUGAUACUCUCAAUGAAAGUCUUUGGCUACACGAAGUUCGAGCACCACUUGACAAUGCAGACGCUGAGUUUGUGCUUUACGAUGGCAAGGCACGCAUUCGAAGUGGUCAACUAAUCAUCGAGCCUAAGCUGUGGUCCAGCUAUCGACCAGACUUGCAUAUAACAAAUGCUCAUCUGGAUUUGUCAGACCGUUGCACUGGGACUCACAAUAGGCAAAAGGAGUGUGUGCUGCUCACAAGUGGACCUCUUAUAUUGCCCCCUGUGGUGGUGCCACGCUUGAGCACUAAGGAAUCUUUUGGCUUUAAAUUUGGACGUGUGGAGAUUCGUGCUAAGCUUCCCAAAGGCGAUUGGCUGGUACCUCUGUUGCUGCUGGAGCCGCUCAUGGAAUCGUAUGGCCAAACUGGCUACGAAUCUGGUCAGUUGCGCGUUGCCAUGACCCGUGGUAAUGAUCAACUACGUCUGCCCCAUGGCAAACUCAUCGAUGGUCGGACUUUAUAUGCUGGAGCCGUGCUGUCAACUGAGGCGUCUCAGCGUGAAGACUUCUUUGUCCAACAACGGCGGAGUACCCACUUUGGGGAUGACUUCCACGUUUACGGCCUGAUAUGGACCAGCCAAAGUUUGCGGUUUUCAAUUGAUGGUCAGGAUUAUGGCGAACUGUUAAGGGGCUUUGCGGAAUCGGACCUAAAUGCCAGCUGGCGUCGAGGUGGGCCGAUGGCGCCCUUUGAUCGCAUGUUUUACAUCACACUGGGCCUUUCAGUUGGCGGCUUUGGAGACUUUGUUGAUGAGUUACGUACUGCUAAUUUUGAGAAGCCAUGGAUUAAUAAACAUCCACAAGCGAAGCUUAAAUUUUGGCAGAGCCAGGAUCAAUGGCUACCUACUUGGAAGAAGCCAAAGUUGAUUGUCGAUUAUGUUCGUGUUUAUGCAAUUUAGAUAAUAAUGACCUCUUCAACCUAAAUCAAACGUAAUUCAGUUAAGAAUUAUGUCCACAUAAACUCAUUAUGUUUAAUCAAUAUCAUAUCACACUCAUUUUUAUAAAUAACGCUGUAAAAUUGAGAUUUCCUGAAUGCUGUACAAUCAUCAACAGUGGGAAACUGAUACGAAAUGUUUAAUUUUUGGAAUAAAUUAAUAUUAUGA